GGCGUGGAAAGUCUUUAUAGUAGCUUUUAAAAUCCUGCGUUUAUGCUAAAACUUUUCCUGCACUGUCAAGAAGUGUGCCCGAGCAACAGAAUGACCACGUACACAGACAAAGGUGAAAAGCACGAACAAGGCAAGUUCCUCUGCUUUGAUCACCUAACAUUCUGGGUUGGAAAUGCCAAACAGGCUGCAUCAUUUUAUUGUAAUAAACUGGGCUUUGAGCCUUUGGCCUACCAGGGUUUAGAGACUGGCAGUCGUGACGUAGUGUCCCAUGUGGUCAGACAAGGAAAGAUCAUUUAUGUCUUCUCAUCGGCCCUUAAUCCUGGAAACAAAGAGAUGGGAGACCAUUUGGUGAAGCAUGGAGAUGGUGUGAAGGACAUUGCUUUCACAGUGGAGGACUGUGACUUCCUGGUGCAGAAAGCACGGGAACGAGGUGCAGUGAUUGUAAAGGAGCCUUAUGUCUUGGAGGAUAAGUUUGGUAAAGUAAAACUGGCUGUGCUUCAAACGUAUGGAGACACCACACAUACAUUUGUGGAGAGGAUGGGAUACAGUGGUUUAUUUCUACCCAGGUUUCACCAACCUCUGUUCAAGGAUCCUUUGUUAUCCAAGUUGCCUGAUGGUAAAUUGAAUUUUAUUGAUCAUGUUGUGGGGAAUCAGCCUGAUGACGAGAUGGUCCCUGUGGUCGAGUGGUAUCGGAGGAACCUUCUCUUUCAUCGAUUCUGGUCUGUGGAUGACAAGCAGCUUCAAACUGAGUUCAGUGCCCUGCGUUCUAUUGUUGUGGCAAAUCACGAAGAGACUGUCAAAAUGCCCAUCAAUGAGCCUGCCAUGGGAAAGAGGAAGUCUCAAAUCCAGGAAUAUGUGGAGUACUAUGGGGGCCCAGGUGUACAGCACAUAGCCAUGAACACGUCAGAUAUCAUCACUGCUAUUAAAAAUCUGAAGGAGCGUGGGAUGGAGUUCAUGUCUGUUCCAGACACCUACUAUGAGCAGCUCAAAGAGAAAUUGAAGUUUUCCAAAGUCAAAAUCCAGGAAGAUUUGGAUGUUCUACAGAAGCUGAGGAUUUUGGUGGACUACGAUGACAAUGGUUAUCUGCUCCAGAUCUUUACAAAACCAGUUCAGGACCGUCCCACUGUGUUCCUAGAGGUCAUUCAAAGACACAACCACCAGGGAUUUGGAGCUGGAAACUUCAAGUCUCUGUUUGAAGCAAUUGAGGCAGACCAGCAUGCCAGAGGAAAUCUGACAAUUCUGACCCCAAAUGGAGUAACAAAAGGAAUGUAAUAGCAACAACACAGGGAGUAACCUAUAUUCACUUUUAAAUAGGGAGACAAUGUUAAUAUCUCGCCAUAUCAAGGCAGUUACAUCAUUGACUUACAGAUAAAUGCAAGAGAUUUGCAUUGUUUUAUUUAAACAAACAUGUUCUUUUACUUUCCUUUUUGAGAAACAUUGUAUGCAUUUGUAUUGCUUAUAAACCAUUUACAACAUAGAAUCAGAAGUUUAUUUUAUCAAUAUAUACAUGUAAAUGCCUGACUCAAGCAGUGAUUAUGCUUUCUUAAAUGAAAACUUUUACCUUUUAUACAAUUUAAUGACUAACAAAUUUGGUAUUUUUUAAUUAAUUCAAUGCUGUUGGUCAUUAUUGAAUAUAUGGAAUUUGAAUCAUCAAGCUCAAUAUUGAUGUUUACUAUUAAAAAAUCAUUUUGUA